AUGCCCUCCCACCUCCAUCCCCGGUCGACAGCUACAUCGACCUUGUUUGCUGGAACUCUUCUCGCAUCUUUCGUUGUGAUCAGCAUACCGCACAUCUUUCCCUGUCCACGGCCACGGACGCAGUACAUGGAUGCCGACUCGCAACUCCGAAGAGCUGAAGACAUGGCGGCGGCGUCAUCUCCGCCAGUGCAGGCUGGGAUCAAGCAGCAAGGAGGAAAAAAAACUGUCAAGAGAUCUAUGGAGGCGGAAGCGGCGGUGCUGAAGAUGCUAGAGGAAGAGGCGAGGAAGUUUGAGAAGGAGGCCAGGAUUCUAUCCACAAAGAUCAUGCCGACUACACUGCUCACGCUUCCACUCGAAAUCCGGCAGAUGAUCUGGAAGUUCACCAUGACUGGUACUAUUGACGUGUUGGGGCACUGUCAGCAUGCUCAGUAUCCACCGCAGCAAGACUUCGAUACUCCAAUCCUGAGGUUCAAUCCUUCGAGCCUGAGAAACCCUCGACUACCACUCCUACUCGCCUGCAAGGUCAUAUCCCAGGACAUUGUGGACCUCCCAGAUGAUUACAUUUUCUCAUUCUGUCACGCUAGAUAUCAGGAGGAUGUCUUAUCCGCAUUGCUCAAGCACCCGGCAUGGACUCCCACUGCGGUAUUUGCCAGGCUACAGAACAUGCGCUGCUGCAUCUACAUCACGUUCGAUGAAUGGCUUCUGAUCAAGGAGCUCGGGCUCGGAAAGCGCGCGAUGGAGUCAGUGGUGGAUAACGUACGCGACGAAGGAGACAAUUAUUUCCUUCCCGAGCUCGUGCUUCUGGUUAAGCACUUUGUGGUCGAAAUCAAGCUACUAGACCUGCAUAAAUUUAUGCAACAUGUCAGAAACUUUGGUGAAGGCUGGAUCAGUAUGGACAUACGCCUGAAGGAGCUGAAGCCAGAGGACUGA